CGGCAUGUGUUGUGCCUUAAAGCUACUGCGGUCUGGAAUGCAUGAAUAAAAGACUCCAGUGCGAAAGCCAUAAACAAGUUGUUUCUUGACCGAUUUACACGAAACAAGGACCUAUGGAUUUCUAUUUCAAAAUCCAACUUAUUUCAAUGAUUUUCACCACACAUGCCCCCGGGGAUACGUGCCGCACACAAAUGAUAUAUUAUAAGUUCAGUGCGACACAUGCCUCCUAGGGCAUGUGAGUUUAUUCUUGUUUAUUCCUGUUCAUUCUGAGACCAAACAGCAAGAGAAUAGUGCGCAUGUAUCAUUUCUCCUCGGUAGUUAGCGUCUGUGUGGUUAGGUAGUUUGUGUUCUUCGGGUAUUGCCUAAUAGUGUGUGAUCAAAAUGUCUGAAAGAUCGAGAUUUAUUGUGGAAAUGGCAAGAAGGAAAAGAGAAGAAAAUGUAUGUUAUCGAGAAGUGACAAAUAGAAACAGGGAAGAAACCAUCGUUUCAGUAGCAGAGAUAAAUAAUAAUGAUGUACCAGAAAUAGCUGGAAGUAUUGAAGGUAAUAAUCUCCAUAGUGGCAGUGAUAUACAAGCGGGCAUUUCUUGUGAAAAUGAAUUGCAAACGAAAGGAAAUACUUAUCAGAAUGAGGAAGAAGGACAACAUGAAAUGGUAGGCGAAGAACUAGAUUUUUCCGACAUUGACAGUGCAAAUGAACCUUUUGGGAGUGAUGACUCUGUAGUUGACAAAGACUACUCUCCAGAUUCUUCAACGGAUAGCGAUAUCAGUGAAAAUGAUGCCCGUGAUUCUGAAACUCCACUCAGCUCUGACGACGCAGUACCGAGUACAAACGACGUUGAAACAAAUCAAUCUGAUAGUGGAGAAUGGAACAGAAUUGGUGAAGGUGAGGAAAAUUCUGAGUUUAGAGUUGAAAAAUGUACUCUAGCUAAUAUUGACGCAAGUGAAAUAAAAAAUCCGAUCGAUAUAUUCAAUUUAUUCAUCACAGAUGAUAUAUUAGAUAUCAUAGUUACAGAAACCAACAAUUAUGCUGCUCAACAACUGCUCAAUACUAACCAUUCAAGAAAGUCUCGGUUAAAUGCAUGGACUGAAACGAAUCGGGGAGAAAUCCGAGCUUUUUUGGGUGUUACUCUAGCUAUGGGCUUAACGGAAGUACCCCACAUCAAUUUAUACUGGUCUAAAGACGACAUUUUUUACAACAAAUUCAUUUCAAAUACGUUUCGUCGGGAUCGUUAUCUUUUACUAUUGAAAUUACUUCAUUUUGAAAACAACGAAACCUGUGACAUUUCCAAUCGUUUGUACAAAAUCGAAAAAGUAGUUUCGAAGUUACUCCAAAACUUCCAAACUAUCCUUCAACCUGGAAAUAUACUUGUCAUUGAUGAGUCAAUGGUGCCAUUUCGAGGAAGACUAAAGUUUCGACAAUACAUACCCAACAAAACUCAUAGAUAUGGCAUAAAGUUGUAUAAACUUUGUUCACCAGAAGGCUAUACAUUCAAUACAAUAAUUUAUACUGGAAAAGGUGAAACAAAUCCUGAUUUAGGACAUUCCCAAUCCAUUGUUAUCAAAUUGCUCCAAUGUGUAGAGAACAAAUCCGGUAAAUUAUUAUUUGCCGAUAAUUUUUAUUCGGGAAUAUCGCUUGUCAAGAACUUAAUGCAGAACGAAAACAUGAUGUAUUGUGGAACCCUUAGAGCUAAUCGGAGAGACAUUCCCAAGGUUUUCAAAUCGAAAAAGAAGAUGAAAUCAGGAGAAAUUUUUGGUGAGGAGAAGGACGGGGUGAAAAUUAUCAAGUGGAUGGAUAAGCGUCCAGUACUAAUGAUAUCAAGCGUUCCGGAUCACAACACAAAGGUUUUUCCAGUUGGAAAAAAAAAUAGGAAAGGGGAAGAUGUCCUCAAACCAAAAUGCAUAACAGAUUAUAAUGCUGCUAAGAAAGGUGUCGAUUAUUCGGACCAAAUGUCUUCCUACCAUAGCGUGCUUCGCAAAAGCAUGAAAUGGUAUAGAAAGGUGAUGUUAGAACUAAUUCUUGGCACAGCUGUUGUCAAUUCGUUGAUAAUAUACAACAUGUGUGCAAGGACGAAGCUGAGCGUAACAGAAUUCAGGCGACAACUGGCAUAUUCUCUGAUCCAACCUCCUGAAAAACCAAAAACCCCUAGGAGAAGGACCCAUAAUUUUUGCAAACCUGAAGGUCCAGGUAGAAAACGAAGAAAGCCUUGCAAGGGAUGUCGCCAGAUUCUGAAAUCUUCAGGUUUGGGAUAUAGAGAAAUAGACAAAAAAGUUCGCAGGGUUAUUUCUUUUUGUUCAGAAUGUCCUGGGCAACCUGGAUACUGCUUAACAUGUUUCAAUUCAGCACAUUCAUAACUCUAUUUUGAUAAAAUUAACAUUUAAUAAUAUAAUAACCAGAAUAACAAUGUUAAGUUUACUAAUAUAUUUGAAUAAAAAAAAAACUACUCUAUGUUUGCUCCAUUCUGCCUAGAAAUCCAACUAAUAAAGAUAAUAAAGUUAACCUUUUCCUAGUGCGGCACAGGUCACCGGAGGCAUGUGCGGUUGUGCCUAUACGUAGAUUACUACUAUAUAAAUGAUUUUUACUAUUUGGUAUAUUGAAUGAUUCACUGACCGUUGGUUAGAUGGAGCUCAAAGAAAAUUUGGCACACGUAUCCCCGGGGGCAUGUGCCGCACAGUGAUCAUGGAUUGUGACAUACCGCCGGGGGCAUGUUCCGCAUGUAAUUUAUAAAAUGCAAAAUUUA